GUUAAUUUACGUCGAAAUUGGCCGAUUCACCUGGAUUCACCCGAAUCGUGAAAAUGAAUCAAGCAAAUGUGAAUCAUUUGGUUUCAAAAUUACAUUUUAAGUUAAAUUCUCGUCGCCGAUUAAAAGAUGUAGAUGGGCCGGAAGGACGUAUGCUUAAAUUACGAAAAACUUUAACAGCUUUGUUUAAGUACGAAAGGAUCGAAUUAUUCUAUAAUCGUGCAGAUGAGACGAGAGGUUAUGCCGACCGGUUAAUUUCGGAAGCAAUACGCCAUGGGCCUGAGAAUAAAGAAAUUAUGGAUAUGGCCAACUAUUGGCUUCUCGAGAAACAACUUGUGCAUAAACUUUUCAAAGUACUUGUACCAAGAUACCAAGAUUAUUCAUAUUCUUAUACUAAGUUACAUAAAAUUCAAAGGGACUAUCCUGGAAUAUAUUAUAAAAAGGCGGUUAUAGAACUUAGAGGGAAUGUAUUUCCAAGUAUUGAGCAACCACAUCAGCAUAGUUACCAGAUGCUUCAUAAUAUGCUGUUAGAUGAAGCGAGGAAAGAAUUUCGUAUGGAAAAAUACAAAGAAAUUGCUGAAAAUAUGAAGCGAUCGGAACUUGGAGAUGCAAGGGUAUGAAUUGUAAAAUCAUGUUAUGUACCAACAACCACAAUCCCUUUUAUAUGAUAUAAUGUAUCUAUAAGUAGUCUAUUGAAUUAUGCUUACUUGUACAAUAAAGUACAUAUUAAUUAUUAAUAAUA